GCGAGCGCCGGGCAGAGCGGGGCACACGGCGGCAGCGGAGCGGGGGGAAGCGGCCGGCGGAGCGGGUGCGAGAGCGAGUGCGCGGCGGAGGCGCUUUGGGUCCGUUUGCCGGUGACUCCCGCGGGGCAGGUUCACAAUGUCUGACAGAAAGGCUGUGAUCAAGAAUGCAGACAUGUCUGAGGACAUGCAGCAGGAUGCUGUAGACUGUGCUACGCAGGCAAUGGAGAAGUACAACAUAGAGAAAGACAUUGCAGCAUAUAUAAAGAAGGAAUUUGACAAGAAAUACAACCCUACUUGGCACUGCAUUGUUGGCAGAAAUUUUGGCAGCUAUGUAACACAUGAGACAAAGCACUUCAUCUAUUUUUACUUGGGUCAGGUUGCAAUUCUUCUGUUCAAGUCUGGAUAGGAAGUUGGAGCAAGUGAAAUUUGGACUGUAAUGCACUGAUGGCUGAAGCCAAGAUUCCCUUUAACAUGGCUGUGCCGCUGCAUGGACUGUAUACUAUAUUUAAUGUGUAUAUGUUGCAGUAAAAUCUACUUCUGUUUAGUUGCCUGGGAAGAAGGCAGCAUUUUUUUGUUAUUGCUUUUUUUUGGUUGUAUUGCACUAGGAAAACUGUAAAUGCUUAAACAAUGGCCUUUCAGUGGGAAGAAAUAAAACUGUUCCACAAACAGCUCCCCCAGUAGUAACCUUUUCUUUGUUAAGGCAGGGAAAACACUUUUUUUUUGGUUGUGUUUUUUUUUUUUUUUUUUUGUUUAGCAGACCAAAAAGAGAUCAUCUUAUUGAGUUCAUAGUAAAUACUCUCGUUAGACUGUUUAAACUUCUGUCUGUGUAUUGAUGGAAGAAGGUCAACUUUCCUUUUCAGUUCUAGUCUGUGGGGUGGAUGUGAGAGCUGUAUCAAUUUGGCUUUGCUGGUCAUCUCAGCAGUUGGUGGGGGGAGAGGCCUUAUAAUGCCCAUGUAAGUUAGCUGGGAGGUAUUUUAAAAAGGUUUUCAUUCAAAAAGUGUAUUCCCAUCUUGGGACUGGAUGGCAAAUCAUACAACCUGGCCUUGAUGUUUGCUCUAGAAAUGCCCACACAACUGCCCUCAGAUCAGCCUACAUGGAUCAAUUAAACUCACAGCAACUUAAUCUAGUCUGAAACUUAUUAAAUGUUUCCCCUAAAUUUAUUUUUUGUAGGAGGAAGGAUCUCCUGGUCUCGGUUGAUUGGUGGUGUGAUCCAGAUCUUAGUUGCUGCCACUGAGACUAACUUUCUUAGGCCAACAGGUCUCUGUUCCAAAAUGGACUGGAAAUUUUUAAAUGUAGUGAUUGACACCAGAAUCUGGAAGACUUGAUUUGGCAUGUCUUUAUCCAGACAACACGACCUUAACUCAGGUCUUUCCCUAAAGUAACCUAGUCAUGUGGAAGACUUGUAGAUGGCCACUGUUGUCUCCAUCAGCUACAGUGAAAAUUCUCCAGGACUAGCUUCUGUGUUCCAAAUCUCUCUCCUCUCUUAGCAGAAACUGUUUUGUGAGGCAAAACUUGUGAACGUAUUUUCUGAAGACAGAAUGUUGUUCUUUCCAAUAGGGUCAGCAGUGUUGUCUUCUAGCUCAAACUGCAAGAAGGUUCUUCUGGAUCAUCCUAGGGUGGUGUCCCCUCCCCUUCAAUUCCCCUUCUCUCCUCCCCUCCC